GCGUCACUUCCUGUACACGCUGAGCCAGAUCUGGGCAGUCUGGCGCAUACACACACACAUUCAUCUGCUGUCAACAGCAAAUACGAUCCCCGCGUUUCUUUGUCCGCGAAUAUAACGCGCUCAUCAUGACCCAGAGGUGAUCCUCGGUCCCGGUGCUGCUGGGAGUCCAGGUCUGUGUGAAGAGAGAGGCCACUUUAAAAGUGAAAGGAUUGCCCAGGGCCACAGCGCCCAAGAUCUGAAGGAGAGCAGCAGUUAUUCAGGCAUCACUGAAGUUCAGGAUGGAGAAAGAAGACGUAAAGAUUGUCAACAAGGGUUUGGAGGAUGAGAUGGAGCUUCGUGGAUAUCGGCUGUGCCGAUGGAAGUUGGCGCUGGUCGGAUUCUGCGGUAUCUGCACGGGCGGUUUUCUUUUUCUGCUCCUCUAUUGGAUGCCCGAAUGGUGUGUGAAGGCCACCUGCACACGGGCCUCCGUCAGAGAAGCAGAAGUCGCCCUCUUACGAAGCACUGACGAGUUUAAACGCUGGUUCCGGGCGAAGGUUCGGAUAAUGUUGGCCCCUGGGAAGAACCCCUAUGACAGCCUGGCCUCUCAGACCCCCCAGGCUAAUGACCACGCCCACAACCAUUCUGACUCCGCCUCCCAGAAAAUCCCUAUUGCAGAGAAUCCGCAAGUGCAGAUGCGUUAUUUUACCCUCCACAGCACUAAAUAUUUUUGGAAUGAUGGAAUCCAGAACUUUGAAGUAUUGAAGGGUCUAGAAGAUUUGGCCAUGACCUGCUCCUCCGUUCAUUCAAAGCACAGUGAUGGGCUCAGCAAAGACCAGCAGGAGUAUAGGAGAUUCUUUUUCGGACUGAAUGAAAUAGAUGUGAAAGUGCCUUCUCUUUUCAAGCUGCUAGUUAAAGAGGUCCUCAAUCCUUUCUACAUCUUUCAGCUCUUCAGUGUUAUCCUGUGGUGUACGGAUGAAUAUUAUUACUAUGCAAUGGCCAUAAUCCUCAUGUCCGUUAUAUCAAUAGCUACCUCUCUCUACACUAUUAAAAAGCAAUACGUAAUGCUACACGACAUGGUGGCGACACACAGUACUGUUCGAGUUACGAUCUACAGGGGCGACAACGAAACGGAGGAAGCCCUGUCCACAGAUCUGGUUCCCGGUGAUGUCAUCGUAAUCCCCAGCAAUGGGAUCAUCAUGCCCUGUGAUGCCGUGCUCAUCUGUGGAACCUGCAUUGUUAAUGAGAGCAUGCUCACAGGUGAGAGUGUUCCGGUCACAAAGACCGAUAUUCCGAACCCUCAGCUGGACAAGAGGGGUGGGGAGGAUGAUGCCAUCUAUAGCACGGAGGAACACAAGAGGCACACGCUCUUCUGUGGCACAAAUGUCAUUCAGACCCGCUAUUACACAGGAGAAAUGGUCAAAGCCGUGGUGGUGAGAACCGGCUUCAGCACCGCUAAAGGCCAGCUCAUCCGCUCGAUCCUGUACCCUAAACCCACAGACUUCAAGCUGUACAGAGAUGCCUACCUGUUCUUGCUGUGUCUCGUGGGCGUGGCCAGCUUGGUCUUUAUCUAUUCAUUGAUCAUGAAAAUCAUCAACCAGGAAUCAGUUAAGGAAAUCAUUGUCAAGUCUCUGGACAUCAUUACCAUCACAGUGCCUCCUGCCCUACCGGCAGCCAUGACGGCCGGCAUUGUCUACGCUCAACGGCGCCUCAAGAAAGUAGGAAUUUUCUCAAUCAGUCCACAGAGAAUCAACGUCUGUGGCCAGCUGAACCUGGUGUGCUUCGACAAGACAGGAACCCUCACAGAAGACGGUCUGGACAUGUGGGGCAUUCAGCGGUCAGAAGAUGGCAGAUUCCACCAUUCAGAAGAAAAAGCUGAUGAGAAAAGCUUGGUGACGACAAAGUUUAUAUCCUGCAUGGCCACCUGUCACUCCCUCACAAAGAUCGAAGGUCAGCUCUCCGGAGAUCCACUGGACCUCAAGAUGUUUGAGGCUACAGGCUGGAUUCUCGUAGAAGCCACAGAAGAGGAGACGGCUCAACACGAUCGUAUUGAGCUCACUUAUGUAAAACCGCCCAGUCAGCUUCUUCCACCCCCAGUCAUAUCACCUGAGCAGGACAUGGAGCUGUCUGAACUCUAUGAGCUCUCUGCGUCAUACAUGAUUGGUAUUGUACGGCAGUUCUCCUUUUCCUCCGCCCUGCAGAGAAUGAGCGUGGUAGUCCGACAGAUCGGAGAACGGCGAAUGGAUGCUUAUCUGAAAGGAGCUCCGGAGGUCGUGGCCAGCCUGUGCAAAAAAGAGACGGUACCCGAGGACUUUGCAGAGGUUCUGGAGGACUACACCAAACAGGGCUUUAGAGUUAUCGCCCUGGCACACAGGCGGCUGGAGUCCAAACUAACAUUUCACAAAGUGCAGAAUAUCAACAGGGAUCAAAUAGAGAAAAAUAUGGAUUUUCUGGGCUUGAUUAUCAUGCAAAACAAGCUGAAAACAGAGACUCCCGGGGUGCUGGAGGACCUGCGUCAUGCCAACAUACGCACGGUUAUGGUCACAGGUGACAACAUGCUGACGGCCAUCUCCGUGGCACGAGACUGCGGCAUGAUUCAGCCUCAAGACUUAGUCAUUAUCGCCGACGCUCUGCCUCCAAAAGACGGACAUGCUGCCAAGAUCACCUGGCACUAUGCCGACAAACCAAGCAAACACAAUAAUAAGCCUACCAAGCUAGAGGAGAUGGAGAUCAUAAUGGAAGAUGGAAAUUGUGUGGAUGAGCAGAGACCUCAGGAAUAUUAUCACUUUGCUAUGAGUGGAAAAUCUUUCGCUGUUAUUACCGAGCAUUUCCAAGACCUGAUGCAGAAGCUGGUUCUUCAUGGUACAGUAUUUGCGAGGAUGGCACCAGACCAGAAGACUCAACUUGUUGAGACAUUGCAAAGUGUAGACUAUUUCGUAGGAAUGUGUGGUGAUGGAGCAAAUGAUUGUGGGGCACUGAAGAGGGCUCACGCCGGGAUCUCCCUGUCUGAACUGGAGGCGUCUGUGGCGUCUCCAUUCACCUCCACAACUCCCAGCAUCUCCUGUGUCCCUAAUUUGAUCAGGGAGGGUCGAGCUGCUCUCGUCACGUCAUUUUGUGUGUUUAAGUUCAUGGCCCUGUACAGUAUUAUUCAAUGCCUCAGUGUUGCCCUGCUAUACUCUAUUCGCAGUAACUUGGGAGAUUUCCAGUUCCUAUUUAUUGACAUAGCCAUCAUUCUUCUUAUAGUCUUUACCAUGAGUCUGAACUCUGCGUGGAAGGAGCUGGUCGCCCGUCGGCCGCCCUCCGGUCUCGUCUCAGGUCCUCUUCUCUGCUCAGUUAUGACCCAGAUUAUCAUUUGCCUGGGUUUUCAGGUUGUGGCCUUCAACUUGGUCAAAAAUUUGAACUGGUACUUGAAGUCAGAUAUCUACAACUGUACAGCACCCAGUGACACAGGGAUCAUCACUAACUCUACAGUGCAUGAAAAAAUUAUCAAGAGCGAUGUCAACACCACGCUGUUCUUCGUCUCGUCUUUUCAGUACCUCAUAGUUGCCAUGGUUUUCUCAAAAGGAAAACCUUUCCGUGAGCCCAGCUAUAAGAACUGGCCGUUCGUCCUCUCGUGUAUAAUUCUCAUCAUUUUCUUGUUUUUCAUUAUGUUCUUCCCUGUUUCUGGGAUUUAUCAAUUUUUGGAGCUCGUGUGCAUUCCUUUGAGCUGGCGUGUGGCUAUGCUACUUAUUAUACUGAGUAACGCUGCAGUGUCCUUCUUUAUCGAGACCGUCGUGCUUGACAUCAUCUUAUGGAAGCAUGUGUUCAGCAGAGACAAGCAGGGAAGUUAUGACGUCUCCCCUGCAGCCCCGACACCACAGGAAGGGAUAGAUGCCUAUGGAUCGCCGUGUCUCUCCUGGCUAUGUUGUCGUAGGAGGAAGCUCCCUAAGGCUCGGUACAUGCACCUGGCCCAGGAGCUGAGCGUGGACCCCGACUGGCCACCCAAACCCAAGAGCACUACAGAAGCGAAAGCCGCCGCCCAUUCGGACAACUACUCGUAUCAGAUCGAGGCCGUUUCCUAGCAUUUACACACGCGCACUCCAUUCUGCACGUCUGAACCACCAGGGAUUUCUUAAGGCAAAUGAAACUGCAACGAUUUUGUUAUGAGAGAUAGGCACCAAAAACAGAAACCUGCGAGGGAGAGAGUAAAGAUUUCUCGACGGUUCUCUUCUUUAAUAUUUUUCGUUUCUGCUGCUCAAUAUGAUGUUAUUUUUUUGAAAGAAAUGGGCGGGGUUCACAGGCUGGGAACUGUGGUUGCUCCGCCCCAUGUCGACACGCCACCAUUAUUACCUUUGGACACAAAGCAAACCGUGAUUAUUAUCCGUCAUCCUCUCCGACAGUUCUGGCUGUAUACCGGAGCUUCUGUAUUGAACUUUGCGCAUUAUGAUGCUGUCAUCUCCACCAUCUCUACUGCAUGUCAAUGCCUUGAGGACCAUCGCAUCAGGCUGCAUGCGGAACAAAGCAAACCAUACCGUAAUGCUUCACAGAAUCCAGUUUAAAUCAUUCAAUCUGGCCAUAAACAUUUCAACAGACAUGUACUUAAACAAUAUUUUUUACUUUUCAUAUCUCUUCCCAUGGAAGAACCAAGGUGGGGUUCAGUUGCAUAAGGCCAAACAUUUUGUCCGUUUGUUUCGUUCACACAGUAUCUGGUGAUUUGGUUCAUCCUGAAGCUUUAGGGUUUGUUUUGUUGACAGAAAAACUGUCACUGUAAAUCGUCCAUCAUCAUCACAAUGGCACGUUAAUGGGAAUUUGAUUGAAUUGGGAAUUAACAGGAAGAGAAAAUGGCCUCUUGUUGAAGAAAUUUAAGUCACACUUUACAUCAGUGCUCAUGUUGCAAUGUUUAUAAUGCGAUAUGAAUAUGAAUCAUCUGUGCUAAAUGUGUUAUUACUGGUACAGCUUGUGAUUAGGGUUAUUUAUAGUAAUAAUGUGGACAUGUAAAGUGUUACUGAAAUUUACACAGCAACACAGUUGUCGUACAGAUGCAUGUUUAUUCACACAAUAUCGGUUCAAACCUUACAUGAUAAUAUAGCAGACAUUUUGAGCGCAAUUAGCACAAUGGCAGGUCACAUGAAAUCGAGUUUUGGCUAGAAGGGAUACAGCAAAUCUCGCAAGAUGGCUCUUUUGAGUUCGGUUUAGGGUGAAAACAGGUUCUGGCUAGAUGAGAUACAGCUAUGGCUUAAAUCCCGUGAAUUAUUGCGGAUUUGGAUAAAACAGCGCUCAUCCUGUGAGAUUUCUUAAGAUUUUGCUGUAUCCCUUCUAGCCACAACCAUGAAAUCCCUCUGAAUAAGCCAGUAAACAGUAUUUCUUUGACACGCGUCUCUUUUUGGUGGUUGCAGAUAGUCCCUCCCACUUUUCAGAUGUCAUUAAUUAGCAUAAUUUAUUCAGUGCAGUCCAGCUCAUUGUGAAUAACCAUAAGUGCAUACAUUUAUUUUUUAUAUAUAUAUAUAUAUAUAUUUUUAACACUUGUUUUCCUGAAAUGAACCACUACGCAAUACCAUGUGACCACCUUUGUUCAUCAUACACUGUCAGUUUGUAUUAUCGCUCAUUUGAAUAUUCAUAUUAAUUAUUGUGUUGAUAAGGUUUGGUUACUCAUUUCAAAGAGUCUCAAUUUUUUCGUAUGUUCCCAUCCCAGAAUGCGGUUUCAUAAUGGAAAUGAUUAUUAUAUGAUUAUAACUAUAUUUAGUUAUAUAUAAUUUAUAACUUAUAAUUAUAUUUAUACAUUUAUAUAUAUAUAUAAGGUGUGUAUAAUGAAUAUGUACACACAAAUGUAUUUCCUCAAAAGCAAAGAAACAUGUUGACAUGUUUUACUACUAAAGUUUUUGUUCGAAAGCCAUUGCUAUGUUCAUGUCGAUGGAGUCCUGACGCAUAACUGGAUCACAAAAACGCCACAAAGUUGAAGUUGAUACAAUAAUCUUGUAAUCUAAUCGUAUUGAGUGUCCGGUCCUUUGUAUAUUUAUUUAUAGUUUAGUCAAACUCAAGUUGUUUUACUUGGCUGUGGGCAUUUUAAAUGUUUGGUUUAAUCUAAAUAAGGGCUAAAUCUGUCAGUUUUAUUGCUACAUUUUUGCAAUAUUUUGGUACUGUUUAAUAUUUGAAAUGAUCACCUGUCAUGUUUGCAAUGUUUUUCAACCAUGUCUGUCCAAAAUUUUGUCUGUUUGUAUUUUAAACACGAGGGCAUUCAAUGAAAGAGGCAACAACAAAUCGUAUUGCUGGUAUUACUCUCGAUGUAUACAGACAACUGUUUAAUCUGUUUUAUAAAUGAUCACCUCGCAGCAUUUCCUCGCACCAUCUACUGUACUAAGUCUGGAUAAAACACAUCAAUCUCUUUAACCCUGUAUGUCCUCAACAAAUGUGAAUGCAUUUCUGUAUACUUUUGGGAUUGGAGAAUGUAAAAUUAAUUACUUUUUUUACUGUUAAUUUUUGCUGUAGAUCUUUUUUUUCUUUAAGUUCGUCUUCAUCGGAAUUGUGUGGUGUGGCUAGCAGUUUCUCUUCCUCACCUGUAGGGGGCGGUAGGUUGCUACUAAGGCUUCUGCUUGAACGUUGUUGCAUGUUCUACUACGAUAACAUAUAAUAAACAUUUUCGGGGGUUUGUUUGUUUUUUUUUGUACACCUGCGCACAAAUUCAACUUGCUACCUUUUGAAUUUCCUUGAAAUUCACCGAAUUUUUUUUCCAACUGGGGCCAUGAUCAUGUCAUAUCUGCGGUAUAUAAACAUGCACAGGAAAAUGUGUUUGAUAACUGGAGGAUGGUCAGCGUGUGUUGGAUCUUUUGCUUUUGUUAGGUUCGUACCAUUUGUCGUUUUUGUGAAAAUGUAACACACAUUUAAGAUUUUAUCAAAAACGAUAAAAGCAAAGGUUCAGCCACUGAUUCUUUUAAGGCUGGAGUGGUUUAACUUCCUCAGGGAAACGUGUGUGUUUGUAAUGAUUAAUGCUGAAUAAAUAAGUCUAGGAAAAUCAUGUGGGUCAGUAUUCUUGGUGAUGUCCAAGUUGAUGCGCAGCAGAGAUCGAAAUCAAAAUCACAAUCCCACCUUUUUUUCUUUUUUGUUUUUGAGAAAUAUGUACAUUUGUGAUCUUAGCUUUUUUAUAUCUGUAAUUUAUUUAUAUUUAUUUUUGUUGCUUUAAAAAAUGUUGUACGUUUUUCUUAGAUUUUUUUCUCCCUACUGCUCUGUAAUAAAUGGCACAAACCGAAGAUAGUUUUUUUAUGUGUGUGUUGAUGUCAGCCUGUUUUUGUCUGGGAAAUGGGGCUUUGUUUCAAAUUGUUUGAGUUAUCCAGGCUCAAGUCUUAUAAUCAAAUUUUGAGAUUAAAAGCAUCAAAGUUUGAUUUCACAUUUAUUUCAGUCUUUGAUACUGUAUUACUUUACACAGUCAAUGUUAAAGAUAUCAAGGUUAUAUUUAUAUGCAGAAUGUUUUUAUAUUAUAUAGGCUGAUUUUAUGUAGUAAACAAUAAAUCACAAGAAGUUUU